GGUGUCGCUGCUGCGAUGCUUUUGACGUCAAAAGGUGUUUAUCAUAAACUAGGGAGCCGACACAAAACCUUGUCUUCCACCGCGUUAAAGAGGGGGCUCCUCUAAACAUCUGUCAAUCCUUGCAAUGAUUGCGAAAGAACUUAUUCAGGAUUGACUCUCAGUGUACAUAUUACAGACAAAAUGAGUGCCUUUUCCUCAGGAACUGCUUCUCUCAUGUUUGAUGGAAUUACAAGAAAUUCAUUGUUUCUUAGAUUAUUGUGAAUUUUCAAUUUACCAUAUCUAGCAGUUUCUUCUUUAGUGCCUUCUUUUGUUCAAGAAUUGCUAAACUAAUGUGAUAAACUUUCAAGAUGAUGAGCGAUUCAGGAAAAUACUUCUGCCCUCGCCUGCUGGACUACCUAGUCAUAGCUGGCUGUCGAUUUCCAAAUGGGAACAACCAGAUGUCCCAGACACCAGAACUUCUGCGACGAUAUCCUCUGGAAGAUCACAAGGAUUUUCCUCUUCCCAAUGAUGUCAUCUUUUUCUGUCAACCGGAGGGAUGCAUAAGUGUAGGUCCCAAACGGAUGAGCCUCAGAGAAACCACAUCUUUUGUGUUCACAUUGACAGAGAAAGACUCUGGCCUGGUUCGUUACGGAAUUUGCAUCAACUUUUACCGUCCAUUUGAAAAGCGAUCGCAUUCAUCAGAAGCCUGGCAGAAAGUUGACAAAUCAAGUACAGGUUCUAGUCACUCUGUUGAGACAUUGAGCUCAUCUGAAUGUGACAGGCCUCGCUCCCCAAGCAGGGCUAGACGGAAAUCGCGAGUUAGAAACAACACCUUGACGUCUUUGUGCAUCGUGAGCCACCAUCCUUUCUUUUCCACGUUCAGAGAAUGUUUGUUCAUCCUGCGCAGAUUAAUAGAAGCAUGUCACGAUCGAAGUUGUGUGCGCAGAGUUGGUGGUUCCAAGGCAACAGCAAGGGACACUGUUUGGGGAGUGUUGACUGGGCAAACAAGUGACAACAUUUCUCACCUGGUUAUGCAUGAAGUGCGGGAAAUUGAGACCUGGAUCCUUCGAUUACUGAGUGCUCCAGUUCCUGUUCCUGGCAAGACACGAGUGGAGGUGCAUGUUCUACCGAAAGAGCUGCAGCCUCCAUUGAUGUUUGCCCUGCCAGACAACACGCGGUUCAGUCUGGUGGACUUCCCUCUUCACCUGCCUCUGGAGCUGCUUGGGGUGGAGACCUGUCUCAAAGCCCUGACAGCCAUUAUGUUGGAGCAUAAGGUGAUCCUGCAGUCGCGUGACUACAAUGCCCUGUCCAUGUCUGUGAUGGCCUUUGUGUCCAUGCUGUACCCUCUGGAGUACAUGUUCCCGGUCAUCCCACUCCUGCCCACCUGCAUGGCAUCUGCAGAACAGUUACUUCUGGCACCCACUCCGUACCUAAUUGGGGUCCCAGCCAGUUUCUUUGGCUACAAGAAAGAUUUCCCUCUGCCUGACGACAUCUGGCUGGUAGACUUGGAUGGAAACAAGAUCAUUGCCCCGCCCGCUGCUGAGACGUUACCUCCCCUACCCGAACCAGAAGGGACAGCUCUCAAGACGCAUCUGAAACAGGCUCUUGCUAGCAUGAGCAUGACACCUCAGCCAAUCAAAAACCUGGAUGCUCUUGCACAGAACCCCGAACUAUGGCAGCGUCGCGACAGCUUCACAUCACAGACGGGCUUCAAUCCUCUUAUCUACGGCAACGAUGUCGACUCUGUAGAUGUGGCCACUCGGGUGGCGAUGGUGCGAUUUUUCAACUCUCCCAACACACUGGGCAACUUCACGGAGCACACUCGCACGCUGCGCCUGUACCCAAGGCCUGUGGUAGCCUUCCAGCUGUACAGCUUUCUCAAGUCUCGCAGCGAGAGGACAUUGUUCACUGCCAAACUUGCCCGCACUCAGGCUGUGGAGUACCUGUCCGAGUGGUCACUGUGCCCAACCAACCUGGUGUACCAGCGUGUCCAGACGGCCGUUUACGACCCGAGCCUCAUCGGCGACAAGCCCAAGUGGUACGCUCAGCAGCUGCAGCCGGUGGAGUUCCACGUCUACGACAAUGCGUCUUCCCUCGGGGCGGCCAUCACGUCGGUGUCGGAGGUGCACAGCGACGACAACCCGACUGACGAGAGCGGCAGCGACAGUGAUGGGGCGGAGAGUACCAGCUCGUCCUACUCCUCGCUCAGCGAUUUUGUCUCGGAUUUGUUCAACAGUGAUAUCCGAGGAGAAACACCUUCGUUUGCCCCCGAGAUGCAAAUCCUGGCGGUGGACGAGGCCAAAGUGUACUCCCCACCGGACAAGCUCCACCUGCCGGAGGCUCCCUCCACCAACAGCGACUCGGCCCUCUCCCUGCAGGAGGACAGCGACAUGAGCUCCUCCGCCUCCUCCAGCCCCUCCUACAGCCACGAUGGCGGGGAUCGGCAGGAGACGAUAUUCCGCUAUGACUCUGGUAACAUGAUCGACACAAGCCAGGCUCUGGCACAUUCAGGACCCCCAGAGCCCAGCCCGAGCAUACCCGUGGGUUCACGAAGUCCGAACCUUGCCCGCAGCUCCGCAGCAGCCCCCCAGUCCCCCCGGACUCCGCCCCCUCGCCCUAGCAUGCCUCCUUCCAAAGCUUCCCCGCCUCCUCACAUGACCCCACCCAUGGCCCGCAAGAACCUGUCACCCGCCAUGCUGCGUCGGCCCAGUGGGAGCGUGUCCAGUGGGUCAUCUGCCUCUACCAGGAAAGCGGGCCGGGGUUCUGAAGGAGACAAGUCCUCCUCCUCAUCCAUCAUCUCCACCAUCAGCAAUGAGCUCACAGACAUGGCACAGUCUGCCACCAACACAGUAUCAGAACUUUUUGGAAGCAAUAAAGCAGCUGCUGCACCUCAACCUCAGCCUAAAGCUGCAGCUGCCAAGCCCUUUACCCCUCUAGGCAACCGUAAAGCAUUGGUUGAAAAAUCAGGUUUAGUGAAACAUGCAACAAGCAGAAAGCAGAAAGAACAACCGAAGCUGUCACCUGUUGAUGCAAAGGGUAACUCAAACAGUGAAAACCAACAGUUUCUGAAAGAAGUGAUCAACUCGGUGCUGGAUGGGAAAGGCUUGAGCUGGAUGAAGGGAGGCCGGCUGAACAAGCUGAUGGAGGACGAGAACUAUCGCAACUUUGUGGUCAGUCGGCUAAACCGCAACCUAGACCAAAAAGUGGCAGAGGAUGCGCAGCAUAUAGAGGAUGUGUGUGUGAGCAAGUCUGUGUUACGAGGCAUGAUGUCGGUUCUGAAGGCCAUCAUCCAUGGUCUAGGCUGCACCAUCAACAACCACGGGUUAGGAGGAAUGGCCUCUGCCUACAUGCUGUUGGAGAUAGCUCACACACACUACUGGGCUCGCGACCCCUCGGGCAACAAGAGUGAUGCCAGCCUUACCCCUGAGCGUAUGUCACUGCAUGGAAGCCAUGAAAGUCUGACCUCGACCAACCGCAAGCUCUCUGAUGAUAUUACUACAGCCAAGUGGUGGCCAGGCAAGCGGGCUUCGAACCCCCUCUCUACUAGUUCAAUAGGCCAGCCCCCGAGCCAUGCAGGCACUACCACCUCCAUUCCCACUGCUCCUGCCUCUAAUGUUAACCCCUUCCCUGAGCCUUUUAUGUCUAGCCCUAGUCCUGAAGCAGGUUCACCUGUCAUCGUAAAUGGAGAUGAGUUUGAGAAUAUCGAAAUCACUUCGGUGUCAGAUGAUGGCGGGGUGGGCGAUCGCAACGACAACCUUCCACUCGACUUCCAGCAGCAGCACCACCACCACUCCAGGUCACAGGUGAGCUCGGCGAGAGACCGGAAUGGCAACCCCCCGCAGUUCACUGACCCACUCGCAGCGGGCGACGCUGGUCAGCUGGCAGAGUGGACCAGGCAGACGGGAGGCAAAGUGGCGCCCUCUUCUCGGCUUGCCACUCAGCAGGGAAUGGCAUCAUGCGAUAUUAUUGUGACUGAGGCGGAGUCAGAGGCGAGAGCUCAGCAGGCGCAGGGGGAUAUGCUGAGGGACAUGGUGAAGAACAAGGAGUUAAUCAAAGCCAGCAAACUGGACCGCAAGUUUAACAGUGUGGACUCAGAGAUGUCCGAGGCCAGUACCCUGGUCAGCACCAGCUCGGAGAAGGAGGAAGGAGAGAAGAGAAGACAUCGCAUCAACCACCAGAGUAUUCGCUCAGCUCUCUCUGACAGCGAGAUGGAGACAAAUUUGCCGACCAACUUGAACUCUCGUCGCAGUCGUUCCUCCAGCAUCUGGAGCACCAAGAGCGCCUACAGCUCGGGUUACCGCUACCACGACGGCCAGCUGGUGCACACGGGCACCGCGGGGCUCACAGCCGAGGCGGUGCAGAGCCGCAGCUACCUGUUUGAGGGCCUGGUGGGGAAGGACCGCUCGCGGGUCUGGGACCACAUGCAGUUCUGGGAGGAUAUGUUCCUGGACGCCGUGGCGCAGGAGAGGGACAUCAUCGGCAUGGACCAGAGGCCUUCCGAGAUGAUGGAGAGGUACAACUCGCUGGGCGACCUGGAGAAGAAACGCCUGGAGUUUGAUGAGGACAGGCUCUUGGCCGUCAUGCUGUACAACCUGGCAGCUUUCAUGCUCAUGAUGAGGGUGCCCAAGAACGAGAUCAAGAAGAAGAUUCGGCGUCUGCUGGGCAAGUCGCACAUCGGCCUCCAGCAGAGUCAGGACAUCAACAACUUGCUGGACAACAUACAGCAGCUGUAUGGCAAUGACAUUGACUUGAAGCCGAUGGGCAGUCGUCAGAUGCAGAAGCAAUCCUUCACUGUCCACUGGGGCACUGACAACACAGGGGACAUGCUCUUCAUGGAGGUUUGCGACGACUGCCUGUUGCUGCGUAGCGUGACGGGCGCCAUCCAUGACCGCUGGUGGUUUGAGAAGCUGGUCAACAUGACCUACUGCCCCAAGACACGCGUGCUGUGCCUGUGGAGGAAGAACCAGGACAAAGUCCAGCUCAACCAGUUUUACACCAAGAAGUGUCGAGAGCUGUACUUCUCUGUGAAGGAAGCCAUGGAGAGAGCCGCCAGCAGAAACACCGGGAGACCACCAGCGGGGCCAGAGUUGAGCGGGGAGUUCCCGGUGCAGGACCUCAAGACCAAGGAGGGUGGCCUGCUCCAGGUGUGCAUGGAGGGCAUCGGGCUGCUGCUACACAACAGCAAGGACUUAGAGUUGUUUAUUGAGCUAGCAAGCAUCCGGAAAUGUUUUACGCAGAAAGGUGGCAUAUUUGUUCUAGAAGAAUUUGACCCCAAAAGCAAGCAAAUAAUUCAACACAGAUUCAAAUCUAGUAUGGCUGACCAGAUAUGCUAUGCAGUCCUAUGCCUGUUUUCAUACAUCGCAGUGGGGAUGGAGCAGAGAAAACCGUCUUGACACUCAGACUAGGGGAGACUUAGGGAACAUAUAGAAUUCUCUUUACGCUAUACAAAUUCUUGUAUUCUUUGCGUCUUUUUUUUUUUUUUCCUAUUCAAUUCAACAUGCCUGUGGAAAUUAACUAGGCCGCAAAUUUUUAAAGUUUUGUGCUGGAUGUUCUGUGGGUGGUGAUUGAAGCAACAAAAAAUCUUUAUAUGAAUAUCCUUAAUGAACUUAUUACAUUCCUUCGGCUUCAGACAGCUCUAGCUUUUUUUUUUUCCUUUUUUUUUUCAAGUUUCUACUACUAGACUGCCAGAAAUCAGGGAGGUUCAGAAUUGACAUCGUUGUGCUAGACGGAAAAAUUUGAAAAGCACUGUUUGAUAUUGAGAAACUUCUUCUCAUGUAGGACUAUAUCUAAAUGUUUGGGAUUCUUGGGGUGUUUUUUAAAGGAGUUUUACAGGUUUGUGGGAAAAAUGUCCCAUCAUGGCUGUGCCAUGGAAAAAAACAUUAAAGUUUUUAUUAACAUUGUGACAUGGUUGAUUCACAACUACUGUUAUUCUCCCUUUUUAUGAAUUUCUUUCGUACUUCAGUGUGUUCACAUUACAGAUUAACGAAUAUCAGAAACAGCUUCUCAUGCUAGAGCUGGCUCUACAACAGAUAAACGUUUCAGAAAUUUGUUCAAUGUUUCCAUAUUUGCAAAAUAUUUUUUAAAAGGAUUUGACUAAAUAUGUUGGAUCUCAACUGAACAUUGUCCGACACCGGUUCAUAUCCCAGAGAUAAUGUCAGACUAAACAAUAUUAUAACUGUAGGUGCAUUCCACUGUUCAGGAUUGCAUGCUUGACAGGUUUUUAAUCUUUCCUUUCAUGUUCAUGGGGAUGGUGGUUAAAGUUGAGAAGGAGUAGUUAGUUUGGUUUUGUUCUUGAUAUGGAAGUCAUUUUAUAAAAUGUACUGAAUGCUUUCACUUGAAGUUAUUGAAUCAAGAGUGCAAAGCCUGCUCAACCAUUUACAUAGUGGCUACCAUAUUUUUUCUCCCCUUGAAGCAUUUUAAGACGUGCAAAUUAUAACCAAAACAAUGUGUUCAGAUCAGUGAAUAAAACCAUGCUACCAUGACUUAUUUCCCUUUUCAAGAUUGCUCUUGGAAAAAAAGGAAAGAACCUUGUGGUAGAUGAAGAUGUA